AUAGAGUCGGAAAACAAAUGUGGACUUCAACGAGAAGGCCGACAAAAACCCAGUUUUGGUUUCUUUGUGUACGUACCAUCAACAAUGUAGCGCAAUUUAAGAUAUAUAAAAUCAAAAUCCUGAAACCAUGUGCCCUCUCCAUUGUAAUAACAAAAGAAUGAUUAGACUGGGUUAUCUCUGACAGUUGUUUAUCAUUCUAAGGCAUACCCCCCCACCCCCCCCCCCAAAAAAAGAAUCUUCUAGAGUCCCAAGCCAUGAGCCAAGAACAGAACCAACCUUCUCCUGCUGCUGCUCAGCCAGAUCGGCGUCCUCCAUUCGAUCCCAGUCGAAUGAUUGGCAUUAUUAAGAGGAAGGCAUUAAUAAAAGAAUUAGCUGCUGUAUACCAUGGUGAAUGCCUUGCAUACUGUCAAGAACUUCUUGAGCUUCAGAAAAAGUGGAAUGAGCCCUUUAUUGAUGAUAAAAGCCCUGAUGAUUCGAGGAAGAAAAUGAAGCCUCCAAAACGGCUAAAGAAGUCUCGCUAACCAGACGUUUGUUGAGUGGCCAGCAAUACCAAUCCCUUGUUUUUGGCUAGUGGUCAAAUAUUAAUCAUGUUGCCCAAUUUACAGUUUGCAGAUAAUGUAAUGGCUCUGAGAUUUCAUCACUUCCGUUCAUCCACAUAAGAAACAUCUAUCUAGAUGCCUAAUGAGUAAGUGGAGCCUGGAAAAGAUCAAUCAGGAUUUCUAGUUUCCAUCAUAUUUCUGUAUUAUAGGUAACAUAUUAACACAUGAUUACUUGUCUAAGACAAUCACAAUUAUGGUGUUUUUAUACACUUGCUUGAUCCAACUACCAUGUCAUCGAGCAUCGGAUAGUAGUUAGAAGCUCCCGGGUCAUUGAACUUUAUCUGCUUCGGCAACAUUUGCUUGUAUUGUGGUUCGGAUUUGGGAGCUUGUCCCAGAGUUUGUUUCUACAACGUGCAUAAGAUCAGAUUGCAGAUGGUUCUUUCUGGAUGUGAUUUAGAAUUAAUUUAUUUUUUUUGUGAUCUAA